CAGCUGCGGAAGUGCGAAGAGGAGCUGAGAGUCCGCGGCUGAAGCAGCAGCGCAGCGCUGUUUAUUUUGUUCUUCAGUUUAUUUUCUCUUUGUAUUGAGCUUUGGGAGAAACUCCGUCAGCAUGUCCGGCUUCGACACCAACCCAUUCGAAAACCCGGUAGACGUUAACCCUUUUCAGGAUCCCUCUGUCACGCAGGUGACCCACCCUGGAGUGGAUCAUCUUGAUCAGUACAGCCCUUUCCCUGCCACUGACUCUGGAGCUUUGACAGGCCCCACUAUUCCAGCCUCUGCUGUUCCUUCACAGCCAGCCGUGCUGCAGCCUUCUGUGGAUCCGAGCCCUCAGGCAACUGCAGCUGCAGCCCAGGCGAACCUGCUGAAACAGCAGGAGGAGCUGGAGAGGAAAGCAGCCGAGCUGGACCGCAGGGAACAGGAGCUGCAGAAUAGACAAGUGACUACAGGCAAAGAGAACAACUGGCCCCCAUUGCCCAAAAGCUUUCCCAUCAAGCCUUGCUUCUACCAGGACUUCUCUGAGGAAAUUCCCCAAGAGCAUCAAAGGGUCUGCAAAAUGAUGUAUUACCUGUGGAUGUUGUAUUGUGUGACUCUGUUUCUCAAUGUGCUGGCAUGUCUGGCAUUUUUCACCGCUGGCACGAAUUAUGGAGUGGACUUUGGCCUUUCUAUUUUAUGGUUCAUCCUCUUCACUCCCUGCUCCUUCCUGUGCUGGUACCGACCUGUCUACAAGGCUUUCAAGACUGAUAGCUCCUUCAGCUUCUUUUUUUUCUUUUUCAUCUUCUUUGCCCAAGUGGUGGUGACUAUCAUUCAGACUGUUGGCAUACCCAACUGGGGGAACAGCGGUUGGAUUUCGGCCUGCACUGUGGUUCGUGAACACUUGGCUGUGGGUGUGGUAAUGCUGGUAGUGGCAGUUUUCUUCACUGUGUGUGCUGUGAUGUCGGUCGUCCUGCUUAAAAUGGUUCACGGUCACUAUCGCCACACCGGUGCGAGCUUCCAAAAGGCGCAGCAGGAGUUCUCUCAGGGCGUCCUCACCAACCGCACCUUCCAAAGCGCGGCAGCCAACGCCGCUGCCUCCGCAGCCCAGAGUUCUCUCCAGAGGAAUUAGACCAAGCAGAAAACGUAGAGAAACCCAUCACGGUGGACCUGGGACCUCCAACUCCAUCAGCCAUCACGAACCCAAAGCUUAGCCAAAGCUGCUACGAGAUAAAUGAUCUGGAUCUCCUCCAUCAUGCUUUGGUCUUUGGAUGGCAGAGGCACUAUUUUUUUCACAUAUAUUUUUAUGUGAAGCUGUGGGUGUGAGGUAAAUAAUUAUGAAUGCUGUGUCUGUAUAGUUGUACUUAUGCUUUGUGUUUGUGUGUCUUGGCGUUUUGUGGUGUAUUUUUUAUUAUUUUUUUUUUUUGGAAUAUAAACUAAUUUAAGGCUGGCCCACAUCAGUGAAGGUACAGGAUACUUGUCCGUGUAUUAAAGAAUGACAAUGAACAAAAUUGGACUUUCCCUAAAGUGAUGUCCACUCAGCUUAGUUUAGGCUUGCUUGCUUCAGCUACUGUGUGAUCAUGCUUUAAGCUGCAUUUAGUAUUCACCUACAAACAAUGGACUCAAACAAUGUGCCUUAUGAUUUCAACCUUUUCAUACUGUAUUCCUACAAUCUGAUCUUCAUGCAGUGCCAUAACUACAAGGGGAAAAAGAAAAUGACUCUUCAUUUCAAUGCCAUUGUAUGAAUUAAUGAAUUUUGUUACAUGAAAAGCAAGAUGGUCUGGCAGGUAAGGUCUGAAAGCUGUCAUGAAGGGAGAUUUCAUGCUAAGAAACUUAAAUCACGCAAGUCAGCAAUGACUUGUUCUUUAACUAAAAUUCAUCUAAGAAAUGUUGCUUCUGGCUUCCUUGAUGAAGGAUAAUUGUUCAAAGCUGCUGUCUGUUAUCUCCUGGGGAAACCACGCUGAAGGGAGACUGUGCUUGUAGAUAACAUAUGAUACAAAAAGGUUCAAAUCUUGAGUCUAACUGUUGACUAACAGUGGCCUUAUAGAUUUGAUUAUUGUUCUGGAAAAACAUUAUGAUCUAAAUCAAAAUUACUAGAUAUUUGCACCUUGUGGAAGGGAGAAAUGCAUAAAUAAAACGUACCAGUAAACAUUUAUGAAAUAAAUCAGAAUAUUUUUAGUGUCAUUUUAUGAAUACAUGUAUUUUAUCCUUUUGGAUGUUUUACUGAAAAUAGUGAGCAAAUUAAAGUUUUUGAUUAACAGUU